AUGGGGCCUCAUAAAGGGAGCCUGCAGCUGGAAUCGUCGUCAGGACUCUUGCCCCUUCUGACGCCACCGCAACUCAACGCCUUUCUACCUCGGCCUAUAUUCUUUGCCGUCCAUUUCAACUACAACGGCUCCCUCGAUCACCGCAUCAUCUAUGACUUCAUCAACGUCAUACGACGUCUCUACCGCCCUCUACCGCUCCUCCAUUCUCCGGUCUCAGCACCGGCGCCAAAGCUGGCAUAG